GAGUUCUACAACAUUUUAUUUGUGAUUUAUAUCAUACAUAUAUUUUUGGUAAUUAAUUCACUGGCAUAUAAAACUCGCGCUUGCAAAAAAAAAAAAAAAAAAAAAAAAUGCUGGUUAUCAAGGGAAAAAACUGAAUGCUUGAAAAUUCCGGAUAGAUUAUUUUCUAGAAGUUUCUCCGCUUAAUUCGUUCGGUUUUUUUUUUAUUCUUGUUUGCAGACACGAAAUCCAUAAUGUCGACGUUGAAAAUGGAAACUAAAUUCAAAAUCUUUCUAUUCUUACACUUUUGCGUUUUUCUUGAAAAUUGUCAGAAAUGUCAAGAUUUCAGUCAAAUAUUCGAACAGAAAAAAUUGCCCACAUACGUCGAUCAAAACUAAAUACAAAUUAACAUAUAAAGAUUUACAUGUGUCAAUCUAAUGUGUCAAUAUAAUGCAUCAAUCUAAUUCUGAUGUACAAAAAUAUGGUUCAUACUUUCUAAAACCAGAAACAUUUACUGACAUAAAUACUGAAAAUACGUGUGUUUGUGGCAACUGCUGUCUGACGUGCUUUAUACAGAUUGUUAGGCCGUUAUUGGCAUUCUGAUUUUGACUACGGAUACCUCCGUUUACCUGAUCAAGAUAUAGGGCUCACGGCGGGUGUGACCGGUCGACAGGGGAUGCUUACUCCUUCUAGGCACCUGAUCACACCUCUGGUAUAUCCAGGAGUCCCUAUUUGCCCAACUCUCUAUUUCGUAUUGCUUAAAUAGGAGUUAUGAAAUCGAUCACUGUUCGUUAUUUUCACUUUUCAUAUCAAUUAAUUUCACGUGCUUCAGUUCAGGCGGCUAUCUUUAACAGAAUGUCUGUAUGAAAUACUGUUAUUGGUGAAACGUUCUUUUAAAGAUAAUUUUUUAAGGAAUAGUGUGUUCAAAUCACAGAAUGACAAAACCAUGUCGCCAAAUCUAAAGUUAUGGCCAUUUAAGAAAGAUCUUACUCUUCCACUAGAAAACAAAUUUCAGUCAAUUUUCUCUUUCUGACAGAAACAUUGCUCACUAACAACGUUCACUAUUCUUAUCAAAGAGUCGUUCUGUGGUUUAAUGAGGCCAACAGACCAAAGAUAAAGACUGGAAUCGAAAUCUACCGAGGAAAUGGAGGCGAGGCGCGAUCCUUCCCCGUGGCUGCGGUUCUUGUUGUUGAUCACGGUGGUUCAGACAGCGUUGUUUGCGGUGGUCAUUUUCUAUCAAUAUGGCAACACGAAGGUUCUCCAAAACUCGGACGAGAAUCUGGAGAACAAAAUCAAACGGCUACAGAUGUUGUUGAACUCCAGCGGAGAGAGGCUACAUUCACAUGUCCAGAAAAGGGCAGGCAACUUCAUAGCAGAUCUUCUCGCGGCCCAGGAAGAGGUGAUUGCGCGGCACUGUAUUGAGAAGAAUGAAACCUGUACCAAAGGAGAGGCAGGUUCUCCAGGUUUACCAGGUGUCAAAGGUAACAAGGGGGAGAAAGGUCUCCCUGGGGAUGCCGGACUUCCGGGAAGAAAUGGCACUAAAGGUCAACCUGGUCCCCGAGGGGAGACAGGGCAGCCUGGAAUGAAAGGGGAUCCUGGUCCCAAAGGAUUCAAAGGAGCCCAGGGUGACUCAGGUCCGAAGGGGCCGAAAGGGGAUCAAGGACCAAGGGGUCCCAAAGGGGACCCAGGAAUGAAGGGACAAAGAGGAGCAUUAGGAGAAAAAGGAAACCAGGGACCGAAAGGGGAUGAUGGAGUGAAAGGGGAGAAAGGCGACCCCGGAGAGAUCGGAGGGCGUGGUCAGAAAGGAGAUGAAGGGGGUCCUGGACCCCAGGGACCGGAUGGACGGGACAUCACAAAAGAUGGGUGUGCCUGUAUUCAGUACCCCGUGUUCGAGGACCCCACCCCAUCAACAACUAUCUACAUGGCUGUGGGGGAAACUCGGAACCUGAACUGUAAUGCAACUGGAAGUCCGUCUCCCACCAUUACACUCACUAAACAGACGACAACACGCAGAGGCGUGGGAUCACGUGACGAACGAAACCUACUGCAAUUAAAUGGGAAGUACUCGCUUGUAAAUGCAGCGGCUUCAGAUUUCGGGACAUAUGUCUGUACAGCUAAAAACGGACUGGGGACCGUGAAAAAACAAAUAAAAGUGGUCAGAGGAGUUACACCAAACAUAGCGAAGCAACCCCGAAGUUCUAGCAACAACGUCGGGACAUCGGCGGAGUUCAGAUGCGUCAAUUCCGGUAUUCCAACACCAACAGUCACGUGGUACAAAGAUGGAAAACCAUUGGUUGUUGAUUCUCGUCAUCAGGUUUCCAGUAAUGGUGAAAUUUUAACCAUCACAAACAUUAGAAGAUCGGACGCUGGUAACAUUGAGUGCCGGGCGGCCAAUGCUGUCGGCAUUACUUCCUCCCGAGAAGCAGUGUUGACUGUUGUUUGAAAUUUUGAAAUUAAAUGUUAUUUGUAAAUCACCUAUA